AUGAGAAAUGUUCAUAUCUCUAUGAGCAUUCGAAAUUUCAGAUCUGCGUACGAUCAUCGACAAGGUCAGUCAAGUGACAGUGAGAUAGUAAUGUUUCGGGAUGGGUCAUGGAUUGGUUCACCGAAUCGAGACGAAUUGUUUCCAUUUUCCAAGGGAAGACCAAAGAGGAAAGGUUUUGGAGAAAUCAAUCAGACAUCAAAGGCCAAAGUCACCAUCCGAUUUAGGUAA